AUGGAGUUAUUCUCAGUAAAUAAACAGGUUGAACAUCCUCUUACUGAAAUGCUGACGAAUGUGAAUCUUCCUGCUGCCCAAUUACAAAUUGCUAUGGGUGUACCAUUACACUGUAUUAGUGAAGUUCGUUUAUAUUGCGGCUUUAGUCGCUAUGGUACUGACAAAAUUCCAUUUGAGGGUCGUUUUAAAACUGAUAAACAUGUUGUAUCAGUGCGUAUUACUAGUGAAGAUCCCGAGGAAAAUUUCCAACCUACAUCUGGAGAAAUCAAAAAUCUUAACUUUCGCUCAUCUCAAUUUGUUUGGGGGUACUUUUCUCACGUUGGGGCUGGCUCUCUUCAUGAAUUUGCGGAUUCGCAAUUCGGUCAUCUUUUUGCUAGUGGAUCUACUCGGCACCUUGCUAUUUCAAAUAUGUUAAAUGCUCUAAAUGAACUGCAGUUACAAUCGCAAUUUCCGGUUACUGUGCCUUAUCUAAGAUUGCUUUUCAAAGAUCCAGAUUAUGAGGAAAAUAAUAUUGAUACUACCUGGCUGGAUCGCCGAAUUGCUGCAAAAAAGCAUACAGUUGAACAACCUCCUCUUCCGCUGGCCAUCGCUUAUGCUUCAAUGCUUAUCGCUCAUUCUCGUAUAACGGAAGCCUUUAGCAAUUUCAGCAAUUCUAUCAGCCGUGGCCAAAUAUUGCAACCCUCAGAUUUAACUGAAACCCAUCAAAUUGAAUUAAUAAAUAACAAUGUCAAGUACAGUGUUACUGUAACUCGCUCCGCCACGUUUGAAUACAUAGUUAAAAUGAAUGGCCGUUGUGCAUUUAUUGUUUUUGAAAAAGAAAACGAUCCAACGGUUCUUCGCUCAUCAUGCGCUGGUAAACUGCUAACGUAUGAAGCAGAAGAUGGUCAAUUGUUGAAACCUGGGCAGUUAUAUGCUUCUAUGGAGAGUAUGAAAGUUGUGCUAGAUAUGCGAGUUAAAAAGGUUGGUGGUCGCUUUAAACGAGUUGCACAAAUUGGUCAAGUUUUGCAUCCUGGAACUCUUGUCGCUCUACUUAAUGAUCAAGACAAUAUAUCUUUUCUCAAACCAGUUGAUUUCGAGGAAUGUUUUCCUGAAUGGAUCAUGGAAACAGUCAGAUUCUUGCCGAUCAAUUUCCUCUUUUCAGACGUUAUUCAAAGAGUGCGAAAUGUAUUUGAUGGAUAUUGCAAAUCUGUUCCAACUUUUGCUGACCAUAUUGAUUCAUUAGUUGAAACAUUAUUUUCUAUUCUUAAUGAUUCUGAUCUUCCACAUGAGCAAAUGCGCCAAGUAGUUGCUGUUUUAAAGCAUCGCAUUAGUGCAGAUAUGUAUAAAGAACUUAUCAACUUCAUCGACCCAAAUUAUGACUUUCCUGCAAAAGCCAUUAAAAAAAAGAUCAAUAAUUAUCUAGACUCGCUUUACCCACAAGAUCUCAGUACUGAGCAGCUAAAAUUUGCUCCCAUUUUAUUAAUAUGUGAUAAAUAUGAAGACGGUGGAGAAGGCCACAGCGCACAUGUGUUAAAAGAACUUUUAGGAUAUUAUUAUCAAGGCGAACAGUAUUUUCAAAAUUUUCAGUAUGAUAAAUGCGUCUCGCAGUUGCUUUCAGAGGUAAAAGAUACUGAACGUUGUGUGCGCAUUAUUUAUUCUCAUACUCGUGUGAAAGAAAAGAAUCUAUUAGUAAUAAAAUUGCUGAAGCGUGCAAGCAGAAGUCGUCGUUUAAUAAUGUCAUUAUCAUCUAUUCUUGAAAAAUUCGCAGAUUUCACCAAAAAUGAAUAUUCUGAAUUAGCCCAUCUGGCAAGAAAAUUGCUAAUUGAGGCCGAGACACCAACUUACACUGAAAUUAAAAUUAGAGGUUCUUCCCCUGGUCCAGCAAAUUUGGAGAAGUACGAUAUACUUUUUGAAACAUUUGAUAGUAGUUAUCAAUCGGUGCUAAAAUAUUUGACAGAUUGUUGCGGUGUCCCAGAGUCUUCAAUUCAAAGACUGAACGACGGAGGUCAUUUGAACGACGUACGAUUUUCUCUACGUGUACAAAAGAUAGCGUAA